AUGGACAUAGACAUAGACACAAAGGAGAAAACUAAGGCUAUUGGCAUUGAUCUUGGGACAACCUACAGCUGUGUGGGAGUGUGGAAACAUGAUAAAAUUGAAAUAAUUCCUAAUGACGAAGGAAACAGAACCACUCCCUCCAUGGUUGCUUUCACCUCCAAUGAAAGACUCGUUGGAGAUGCUGCCAACUUUCAGAUUUCAACCAAUCCGAAAAACACAGUUUUUGAUGUCAAAAGACUUAUUGGAAGAAGAUAUAGUGAUCCUUCUGUGCAGUCUGACAAAAAAUUGUGGCCAUUCACCAUCGUUGCAGGCAAGAAUGGCAAGCCUAUGGUUGAAGUGGCUUACAAAGGUGAAAAGAGAGUAUUUGCAGCUGAGGAAAUCUCGUCCAUGGAGCUCUGCAAAAGUGUAAACCCAAAUGAGGCAGUUGAUUAUGGCGCAGCUUUGCAGGCAGCUGUACUGAACAAGGAAAACAUCAACUUAGUCUUGGUGGACGUCACUCCUUUGAGUCUUGGAAUUUCAGUCAACAAUGGUGUCAUGGACGUAGUAGUUCCCCGCAAUACUCCCAUUCCUGUUCUAAAAGAGACGUAUGUCACCACUCUGUAUGAUAACCAGACAGGUGUAAUUUUUCCAAUUUAUGAAGGCGAGAGAUCUUUGGUUGAACACAACAAUCUGCUGGGCGAAUUUUUCCUCAGUGGGAUUCCACCUGCCCGGUGUGCGGUGCCACAGAUUAGAGUUUGCUUUGAAGUGGAUGAAGAGGGAAUUCUUACAGCCUCUGCCCAGGAUGUGGGAACAGGGGCAAACAAUCAGAUUACUGUUACAAAUGAGCGUGAGAGACUGAACAAAGUAGAGAUAGAUAGAAUGGUGGCUGAUGAAGAGAUAUUCGGAAAAGAGGAUGAAGAAAUGGCAAAGAAGCAUUGGGCCAAAAACACUCUAGAAUGUUAUACUUGUAACAUGAAAAGUAGGGUGACAGUGGCCAAGAGCAAUGGGACGAUAACAACAAGAUUUGCAGAUGCUAUCACCGGGGCACUAAAUACUGCUGAGGAAUGGCUGGAUGAGAAUGAUGAUGCAAAAAUUGAGGAAAUUCUAGCCCAAUUGAACAAAUUGUCAUUGAAAUGUUGGUGCUUAACAUAA